GUAGACAAACCUCUGAAAGCCAUCCAUUUUUCUUCCAUUCCCCAUUACUUUCAUACAUUCAAGACUAUGGAAGAAACCAGGUUUUUCAAACUUUGCAGCUUCUUAAUGGUCGUUCUUAUGAUCGAUAUUCAGUUUUUGAAAAGUGCUACAUCUGAUGCUUAUACAGUUGGUGAUGAGGGAAAGUGGAAUGAUGAGGCAGACUUCGUCUCAUGGUCACAGAAAAGCAAAUUCAAAGUUGGUGAUGUUCUUCGUUUUAAAUAUGUGAAGGGGAAACACAAUGCUUAUGAAGUAACAGAAGCUACCUACCGAUCAUGUGAUGCGAGCUCUGGAGUGUUGGCAAAGUAUGAGAGUGGAGACGAUCAAGUAAAACUUACUCAAGCAAAGAAGUAUUGGUUCAUUUGCAAUAUCCCUGGACAUUGCCUCGGGGGAAUGAGGUUUGGCAUAGAUGUUAAAGAAGCAAGUGCCUCUGAUUCUGGGGCUAAUACCACAAACAGUGCAAUAUCAACUCCUCCGAGGCAAUCAUCUCCACCAGUCAGUUCUUGUAGAAGUUAUGACCCUGUUAGGUGGAGCAUGGGAAUUCAUCUUGUUGCAUUUGGAAUGUUACUGUGAGUGCAGUAAUAUUGGAUAUUUGAGGGAAAAUUGCAUCACAUUGAUUGGCAAUAUUUAUUAAUUAGCAUCUUCCUCCUUUUUAUUGUCAGUUAUUUCAUCGUCAUCGUCAUAAUAUAUGGUCAUUUUUUAAUUUUUGGAUCAAAUUAAUCUGGGUAUUCUUUUAAGCUUUGUUUAUUUGGGGCUAAGGCACUUGCAUUAACUAAUCAGAGG